AUGGAGCCUCAGUCCAGGGGCCCCCAGCUUGGGGGCUGCAUGCGCUCUUUGGGGGCCCCCCUGCUGCUGCUGCUGCUGCUGCUGCUCAGCUUCGCCGCCCCCUCGGGCAGCUCCGUGGCCCAGGCCAGCCGCCCCGUGCGCCCCUACUCGUUCUUAGCUGCAGCAGCAGCAGCAGGAGCAGCAGCAGCAGCAGCAGCAGCAGCAGAAGAAGAAAAACAAGAAGCAGAAGGGGACAGAGACGGCUCCUCUGAGGUCGCUGAACCGCCUCCCAGCAGCAGCGACAGCAGCAGCAGCAGCAGCAGCAGCAGCAGCGAUGCCAAGGAGGAGGGGGCCCCUAAAGCUGCAGCAGCCAACACAGCAGCAGAAGGAGAGGGGCCCCCAAAGGGCCCCUCUGGCGGGGGCCCCGAGGGAGGCAGUGAGGGUCCUUCAGCCCCAGAAGAGGCAUCAAAGUCAAGCCAAGAAGAGGCCCCCAAGGGGCCCCCAGAGGGGCCCCCAGAGGGGGCCCCCGAGGGGCCCCCUGGCCCCAAGGGGGGCCCCACAGAGUCUGCCCCCGCGGCGCCGCCCAAAGCGCAGGGGGGCCCCCGGGGGGCCCCCGGGGGGCCCCGCGGGGGGCCCCCCUCCCUGGGCCCUGGGGACCUGAAAGACCUCGGGCUGGGGCCCCUGGGGGCUGAAGCAGCAGCAGCAGCAGCAGCAGCACCAGAUCCUCAAGAAGAGGACUUGAUGAGUUCCGCGCUGCAGCUGGGGAAGCUGGUGCGGCUGCUGGAGCGGGGGCCCCUCCCGAAGGGCCCCGAGCCAGGGGGCCCCCAGGGGGCCCCCGGGGGGCCCCCCGGGGGGGCCCCCGGGGGGGCCCCCGGGGGGGCCCCCGGGGGGGCCCCCGGGGGGGCCCCCUGGGGGGCCCCCGAGGGGGGCCCCGAGGGGGCCCCCCAAGACGAAGACGCAGCACUGCUGGCGCUGCUGCCGGGGGCCCCGAAGGCGCUGAGGGGGCUGCUGGGCCUGGAAGAAGAGGGCAUAGUGGGUACUUAUUUGCUGCUGCUGUGGCAGCAGCACAAAAGACUGGGAGUUUCGCUGCAGGAAGCAAUGGAGAGUUUUGUUGCAGGAGUGGAGAAGGAGCGGCAGCGUGCUGCUGGGUUGGGCGCAGCGCUGGCGGUGCUGCGGGCGCGGGAGCAGCAAGCAGCAGCAGCAGCAGCAGCAGCAGCAGCAGCAGCAACGGGCGCGGAGGAGGCGCAGCAGCAGCAAGCAGCAGCCGCCGCGAAGGCCGAGCUGCUGCUGCUGAAGCAGCAGCACAAACGCGUGGGGAAGCAGCGCAGCCGCAUGCAGCAAAUGAUGCAAAGGGGGGCCCAAAAGCCCCAAAAACUUGUCCAGUUUAUUGAAGAAAUGUGGGGCCCCAUUGAUGCUGCUGCUGCACUAAGUCCAGCAAAAGGCAGCAGCUUUUUGGAGGCUUUGCUGCUGCUGGCGCGGGACCUGGGGGCCCUCUCGAGGGCCUCGGGGGCCCUGCGGCUGGUGCUGCAGCACUUGGCAGCAGAAGCGGCGGGGGCCUCGCUGCAGCAGCAGCAGCACGAGGCGCAGCAGCAGGCCCAGCUAGCAGCAAUUCUUGACCCCGAGGGGGGCCCCCUUGCUGCUCUUUCGUACCCUUCUCUUGCCAAGCUCGCGCUGCUUCGGCCCGAGGCCCUCAGAGACGCAGACGAGGACUACAUGGCCGAGCUGCCUCAGCAGCAGCAGCAGCAGCAGCAGCAGCAGCAGCAGCAGCAAGCGCCGGCCGCGCGCGCGCCGCGCCGCGCCAGCCGCGCCCCCAGCAGCAGCAGCAGCAGCAGCAGCAGCAGCAGCAGCAGCAGUCCUAUUAGGGCCCACGGGCUGCUGCCCCCCGCAGCCGUUCUCUCGGGCCUGGACCCCGCGGGCCUCGGCGAACAGCCUGGGGGGCCCCUGGGGGCCCCCGGAGGGUACUACUGGCAGCUGCCUGUGAACCAAACUUUGCUGCCUUUUGCCAGGCUGCAGCAGGGGCCCCUGGGGCCCCUCCCCCACCCCCUAGUGGACCCAGAAGACCUCCUGAGUCCCCUAGAGGGGGGCCCCCUGGGGUCUUUCCUGGAACUCAAGGCUGAGGCCCACCCCCAGGGGGGGGCCCCCCCAAGCGGGGGGCCCCCCGCGGGGGCCCCGGGGGCCCCGGGGGCCCCAGGGGCCCCGGGGGGCCCCCAGCUAGGGGGCCCCCGGGAAAGUCCUGUUCGGCAGCACUACCAGCUGGGCAGCAGCGGGGAAAGUUCUUUCGUGACUUUAAAGGACAGCAGCAACGAAGAAGAAGGAGAAGAAGCAGAAGAAGCAGAAGAAGCAGCAGCAGCAGCAGCAGCAGCAAAGAAAGAACCCGCUGCUGCUGCAGCAAAAAGCGAGGAAGCAAAAUCCGAAGCAGAAACAGAAAAAGAAACCGAAAUCAGCCAAACAGAACCCAAAGGGGCCCCCAAGGAGGGCCCCCAGGGGGGCCCCGAGGGGGGCCCCAAGGAGGGGCCCCCCGGGGGCCCCAAGGAGGGCCCCUCCGGGGGCCCCCCGGGGGGCCCCAAGGAGGGGCCCCCCGGGGGCCCCCCGGAGGGGCCCCUGGGGGGCCCCCCCAAGGGGCCCCAGGAGGCAGAGGGGCCCCAAAAUGCCCCGACUGUGGUAAUGCUGCCAGAGCUGGAAACAGAUGCAUGCGAAAAUGUUAAAGACCCCGUGGCUUGCAUGCAAAAGCCGGAAUGUUUUCAAGAUUUCAUUUAUGGAGUUUGUUUCUUUAAUUGCACUGCUGUAGAGACACCCGAGGAGUGCAACAAACACGCCUUCUGCAGGUUCGAGACACAGGUGCCCCAGAACGCAUGCGUCAACGAAGGGUACCAAUCAGCGGACGCAGUGGCGCAGCGAUUCGAAGGCAUUAUUCGCGGCUGCGAACAUUUCACAAAGAAGUCCACUUGCGACUGGAUGCAUGCGCAUGCACUGCAGCAGCAGCAGGAGCAGCAAAAGAAGCACCCCCAGGGGCCCCCCGGGGGGCCCCCCGGAGGGGCCCCCGGGGGGCCCCCCGGGGGGGCCCCCGGGGGGGCCCCAGGGGGGGCCCCCGGGGGGGCCCCCGGGGGGCCCCCAGGGGGCCCCCUGCCGGGUACUGCGCACCUGGGGCCCUCGCCGUACAGGUGUCAGUGGAUGGAGGGGCCCCUGGACCCUUCGAAUAAAACAGAAGUGGCAGCAGUUGGAGGGGCAAGUGUUUGUGGAAAUGCUUUGGAUGCUCCUUCUGCAGAAAGGCUUUUGUGGGGCACAGUGGUGGCGGAGAAGGAGAAGCGACUGCGAGGCAAGUGCAGCAGCAGCAGCAGCAGCAGCAGCAGCAGCAGCAGCAGCAGCAGCAGCAGCGAGCUGAAGGAGAAGGAGCACGUGGAGCGCGGCGACGUCUGCGUCCGGCCCGACGACAACUUGGCUGUGCUGCAGCCCGAGCAGCCCUUCUACAGCGUCGGAGCUGUUGUUCAGUUCUCGUGCGUGCCUGGAGCUGUGCUGCUGGGAGUGAGCGAAGCAAUAGAGUGCAAAGAAGACGGCAGCUUCGAACCUGCUUUGAGCUGCGUCGAAGCAGCAGAUCUUUCGGAGGCGCAGCUGCGCCAUUUGCGCCGCGAAGCCAAAGUGCUUUCUGCUGCUGCAGCAGCAGCAGCAGCAGCAACUCCUUUCUCCGGUCAGUUUUAG